AAUUUAUUGAGUUUACAACGCACACAUGUAUUUUCCUUAGAUAAUGGACAGUCCACCUGCAAUGAAAUUAAUCCAUACUCUGCUUUUACAAUGGCUUUGAAGCAGGCAUUUUCGGAGAUGACAUAAAGGCCUGUGUUCGUACUAGAGACAGAUUCUUUACGUUAACAUAUAAAAAGCUAACCGUAUCCUUCCGCCAAGCAACAUAGCUUUUGGACCUCGUCGGCGCAUGAAUAUCUUAAUUAAACGUUGUGCGGUCGAAGGUGCGUGUUGUUAGGGAACCUGAUUUGUUUUACACACAGACCGAACUUUGAGAGGACGGGAUAACAAGAUGUCGUUAAGGCGGAAGAGAAACGCAGAAAAUGCCCAGAUUAAAGAGCAGCAGGGCCUGGAGAUGCGACAGAGCAGACUGGCUCUCUUCAGUCAACAGAUUGAGAAAGAAGCACAAGAGCGUAUGAACGAGUUAGAGGCCAAGAUGGAGAACAUGUUGGCAACAGUGGACAAAGUCUUCAAAGUGGAACUGAUGAAGAUGCCUCCCUCUCUUCAAAACACGCUCAUAGGGAACUUAAUAAGCGAGGAGGAAAUCCCAGCAAGUGAUGUGUCAAUUGCCAUGAAGAAUGAGUCCUUUGAGCUGCACCAGCCACUCAGGAGGGUACCCAGCAAAAGAGUAAAAUCAACAGAUUCUACACCGGGUCAGUCCACCACAGCCCAGAGGUCCUCAUCCAAGACGUCUAAGGGAGGAAAGGGGACAAAAAGGACCAGGACAUUAGUUGGUAGUAACAGCACUGGAAAUCUCAGGGGCUCCUCAGUCACUGCCAAAAGAACUCAAAGCCGUUUGACAAAGGCCAACGACCAGACCAUACCGACCAGACCUAAACUCAGGUCUGUCGUCUCUACUGGUGAUCUGCACUGUUCAAUGGCAGGCUCUGCUGCACACAUCACUGUAACCACAGCACAGGGACAGACUGUCAGCUUUUCUGAAGAGACCAAGGAUGAAAUUAACUUGGACUUGCUGGAUGACGUGGCAUGGUGCCAGAUUCAGAAGCUUACGAGUCUGAUGGAGUAUCUGUCAAGGCGAAGUCGCUGCCAGCGAUGAGUAAAGAUCCACUGUGACCAGGAUAUUAUUCUACUUGGAUUGAAUGACUUUUGAAGUAUUAAUUUUAAUAUUGUGAAAUUAAUUUAUACACGUUUUUAAUACCAUUGUGCUUUGGUUGUCGUGAAGUUUUAAAAAUAUAAUAAAGCUUUUUUGUAUUAACCUA